AUGGCUGGCUAUGAGGCUUUGCUCCUCACCAGCAAAGAGAUGAAUAGACUAGCCAAGAUUUCGUGGGGAGAGAACCAAUUCCUCCUCUCUUGGCCGAGCGCUGGCCUACAAUACCCGCGACCGCCCACGUCUCUCGCAGAACAGAUUCGGAACUUAACCAUCGAGAUCUUCGUGGAUUGCCGACUAGGUUGGAAAAGGAUGAAUGAAGACAAAUUCCCGUACUCAUGGGAUGUCCUCCUCGACACCGAAAAGAGCUCCAGACUGCGUCGAGCAACACUGAAGAAGCUUAGAGGGAGCGAGAAUCCGGCCGUCGCCUGGCAGUCAGAGUUUCCCGCCCUGAAGGAGCUCACAGUCGAGAUUAUACUCGCUGGGGAUCUAGAUGGCUACCACAACGACAGAAACAAGAUCGGUAGGAUUCACGGCUGCAGGGACAAGGAAAAAAUCGAAGAGCACUUCGAAGGCUGUCGUACAUAUCUCAGCACCCGCAAGCUUACAGUCAAGGUCCGUGGUUUCAAAUGCGGAGACUAUUCAACCGAUGGAGACGCUGGUCCCAACACCAAAGCCUGUCCCAAUGGGUGCGCUGAGAGGGUCGCGACAUGCUUUGCGGAUCUCGUCGAAAUCAAGGAUUAA